CAGGACAUUUUCAUAUGGUUCCUGAUGAAAAUCCUGGCCGAGAAUAUGAAUGGUUUAUCUUGAAAACUCUUCACGCUAUAGGAUAUCAACAUCGAAUGCCUUAUUAUGUUGAAAUGUUCGUUCAUGAAGGAACUAAUAAAUGGAUAAGUCAAUAUGUACAUGCUCAUACUGAAAUUCAAGUAAACCAAAGCAGUAUCCAACAUGAAUGGCGAGUCACUACAGGAGACCGUUGGUCGUUUUUUAGUGGUGUUUACCAUGCUCACCAUGUUGUUGCUGGUGGUUUAGAUCUCAUACAUCUCGACAUCGUUGAUAUUGAAACAAGUCGAUUGUUUCCCGCAGAGGGAAUUUCUGAGCGAUACAUGUUUCAGUCGCCACAAAAAGAAGAAUUGUAUGUAGGUCAUGACAGUGGGACUGUAACACUGACUGCCAAAAGUCAUGCUACCUGGUGGGAACCAACAUUAAUGCGUAUGUCAUAUGUGGGAAAAUCCUUCCUCGUACAUUAUUACCCGCCGCUUCAUAAAACAGAUCUUCCAGCUCAUCCUCAACCCUGCACCGUUAUUAUUUAACUUCCAAUCAAUUCAUGUAAUAGAUAAUACAAAUUUUCAACCCUAGAGAAGCACGCUCACUCACAUUGUUACCCUCAUAAUUUUUUCAAAAUUUUAGCUGCAUACAAUUAUGUAUUUUAUAUUUAAUGGACAUGUAUCUGAGUUCUAGCGCGCCAUAGGCCACUGGUGGGAUU